CUCUGAUUCAGGUCACGUGAUUAAAAUAGUCAUAAAGGGGAAAUCGUUCACGUCUGAACCUACAAAAAGGUCGGAUUUAUCCUCAUUUUCCUUCAUUCAGUGUUAAAAUUCGUUUAUAUAUUUGAACGUUGAGACGUUCCUGCGAUAUGGAGAGUAAUGGCAAUCAGAAUGUUCCUCCGACGACUUUGUGUCGAGCUGGGUGCGGAUUUUACGGCAAUCCAUCCUUCGAUGGCAACUGUUCAAAAUGUUACAAAGAUGCUUUGAAACGUAAACAAGCAUCUCCAGCUGGUGGUCGAGCGAGUCCCACUGCGACGUCUAAUCUAACAGCGACCGACAGCUCUGCUCCACAAACAACUGGCACCACGACUACACCAAGUGUUGACACAGCGACCACCACGGUUCCCACGGCGACCGCAACUACUACUCAAAAUUCAGAUACUGUUUCGGAAAACGGCUCGGAGGAGGGGGCAGCGGCCGCGUCGACUAGCACAACAAGCUCGGAUUCUGAGUCACCCGAUAAGGAUAGCAAAAAGCCAAAGAAAAAUCGUUGUACUACUUGCAAGAAGAAGGUUGGACUAACAGGUUUUCAAUGCCGUUGUGGUGGACUAUAUUGCAGUCUGCAUCGAUAUUCGGAUAAACACGGCUGCGCGUUUGAUUAUCGUCAACUAGGACAGGAGCAGAUAAAAAAGGCAAACCCAGUCGUGGUCGGCGAAAAAAUACAGAAGAUUUAACUCGGUUUGACGUUAGUGACACCUUAUAUAUAAAAAACUAUGACGAUUCACGCCUUGUUUAUGUAAAGUGAUUUUUAUUUGAAUUAGAUUUGGAUUUUCGUGAUUGCGGACUGUGCAGGAUAGUUACCCUGCAGAUGCUGUUAUAUAGGUGGAGCUCAUUUUAGGCACGCCUUCAUUUGGUGCGCGUUUUCUGUCUAACCCAACUUUGCGACUUUGCGGUGGAUUUUCUGAUGAUUUCUACCGUUGAUUAUUGCUAAUACAAUUUAACUUAUAUACCGUGGCGCCUCCUGUUGGUGUUUGUGUGAACUACUUGAAGGACUGAAAGUGUUAGUAACGUAAAUAUCAGAAUAGGGGUGCCGUUAAUGGAAACUUCGCUUACAUGCCCUAUAGAUACAGAGCUUUAGGAGCCAUGUCCGUUUAAGAUAUCUUGACACACAAUACUCCAAGAUCGUAGAGUCCCUUUGACACAUUAGACUCGGAUAUUGCAUUGUCCCAAGCUCUUAAAGGGGCAGCUGGUUAAUAAUGUGGGGAUUGGACUUGAAGGAGUAAGAUAUCGUGAAAGGACCCUUUGAAUAAUCCGUGUUUAUGGGAAUAUUUGAAAGUGACAACAAUGCAGUUCUAGGAAUGCAGUAUACAACAGUCAGUUGUUAGAACGUUACUGAUGGUAAGCAUGCGCCAGUGACGCCUUUUGCGGAAUUUCCAGGACAACAAUCUUAGAAUUGGUCUUUGUUUGACUUCACAUUUGAAUGCUAAUAAUAUUUUAUAGUCAUCUGAGUUCACCCUAUAUACUUACAUUGUUGAGGCGGUGUUUAUUCACGAGAAUUAUUCUAAAGCGCCAGUCAUCGUAUUUCACCCAAAUUGUACGUCCAUCGUUGCUUGCCAAGCGAUUUAUAUUGCAGUUUGCAGCGAUUUUCAUCACUUGAUGACAGGGACUCUACAGUCAUAUUAUAAUUUAUUCACACAAACUUAAGUGGCGUGUAAUUCUUUCAAGGUGUGUAGGUAAAAUAUUAACAUUACUUUUCGACUAAGGAGGACAAAAUUUGCUAGCUUUGAUUGCGUUUUCUUUAUGUACUCUGGUUUCAAUGAUACAAGACUGUUUAUGAAUAUUUAAGAAACGAAAGAUGUAUUGUAAUGCACAUCGGCAUUCGAUGUCAUAAAAUGUUCAAUUUGGAUAGACAAUGCGUCACCAUGUUUGAUGGUUGUGAUGCCAUGUUGUGGCCUGCUUUGUUGAUUUCAUUGUAAUUUCAUGAAGAGGUCUUAUAUCUAUGAAACUAGAGUAAUACCAGGGAAAGUCCAUUCAGUGUGUUUGUAUGCAAAAGACUUAGGAAACAUAUUUUAAAAGUUUUUUUCUGAAAAUACGGACCUUGUAUUUUGGGCAUUGUUUAAUUCAACCCUCUUGCAUACUGAAUGGAACCCUAUACUGCUGUCCACUUCUCAGUUUGGUUCCGAUAUUCUAGAUUGCAACGGCUCUUUUGCAGGACUAGAAUAGAAAGCUAUCUCUCGUAUCAACCUGGAUCCCACGAGUCUUAUGAUACGCACCGAUCGUGAAAUUGUAUUUUAUUUAGUGGCGUUACUGACCAACAGAUAUUGCUGCCGGGUCGCGGUUCAAAGGACCUCAAUCGUGUUCCAGUAAAUAUCAACAUGAACAUGUGAUUAUGUUGCAUUAUCUGUUGAUCAGGUUGCCAGAGUUGUUUUAUUUGAAUAUGGGAUGGGUGGGCGUGUGUGGACUGUCAAUCACCAACUUUCCUUGGCUUGGUAUCAUUUAUAAAAUCUGCAAAAUAAACUGAUAUUUUAUUUUGCACUGAUUUCGCAAAUAACACCAAGUCGCCAAAAUAUAAAUCAUCAUUUGUUUUCUUUCUUAGAAAAUUGAGACUGAGAGAGAUUUCAUAAUCUGCUAAGUAAAUGGCAAAUGUAGUGGUUGACAGUACUUGGGACGGGUGGGUGUGUGUGUACUCUGUGUCUGCGUGUAAGUCACGAAUGAAUCAUGUUAUCAAGUAAACUAUUGUAUAUAUACAUUGUAACGAUUUCUCUGCUUGUUGGUUGUCGUGGGCAACGUACGUUGCUUGGUUUCUAAUGGCAACGAAAGCUUUCCGAGACCCUGGUUGGUGUAAUUGGACUGAAAUCUGACGUGUUGGCCUUGGCUAGUAGAUGGAUGGUAAUUGGGUACAAUGAUAGCCCCAGGUGUUGAAAGCAGCUAGCACAACACAUCAAUGCGCGAUAAGGCUAUUAUUGUGCCGGGGCUAUGAUAGUUCCAAACUUACCAUCUACAUGUACAUGUAUCAGGUUUUACUAGGGAUUCAGUUGUGGAAGUCAAGUGCAUUGCCUAUGGACACAAGUCUACUAAUCAGUUCAAGGUCAAGUCAGUUCAACCUUUAACAUUAACCCUAGAGUUACCGUCGCAUCUCUUCCUGAUCUCCAGUAUGUUCAGCCAUAGUGACCAAUGUUGCGAUGGCAACUUCAAUAUGAAACCAUGGCAACUUCAAGUUUCCACAGCAACCAACAAUCACAGAAAUCAUUUUAUCAUAAAUUAUCAUAAAUAACCUCUGGCCUGUUUUUAGUGACCUUUGAACCAACUUUGCAUAAACUCCGUGGCCAAGUCUCAUCUUUCUAGAAGUGCCACGUUUGGUUAAAAUACCAACAAAAAUGAGUUUAUAAUUUGAUCUUUUGUGCCUAAAUGUAUUUUAUUAAUUCUUACUGUGUGAAGUGCAAGUAUUGCUGUUCUACUGGUAGCGAGAAUUUCAUUUCCUGGUCGAACGUAUUUGAAUAUUUUGUUGAGAUGCAACUGGUCAAAGUAUAUUCAUUUGUUGGAAAAUUAUCAUUACUUCAUUUUAUAAAUAUGACAUUAUAUAAUUUGUAGGCAAAGUUGAUGUUCAGACUUGGUCGUUAAGUAAACAAUGUCAUUUCAAGGGCUGGCUUUGUGUGCUAAAAGCAGUAAUAUCAUUUGCAAUACUCUUUUUAAUCAGUGCCACCUUCGACAAAAAUUGGAACAAAAUGUUCACAAUUGUUUUGUGGCUGACUAAAUGUUAUUUCCAUCUACCAAUGUUUUCGCGUGAUUAUUUGAGUCAUUUUGUCGUUUUUUUCAUAAAUUUGAUUUAGCUGUGUACGUUUGAUUAUUGAACUAGGUAAAAUCACCGUAAGGUCUUAGUUUUUCACAGAUUAUUCAUAUUAUCAAAUAUUUCACGACCGUGUGGCGUGAGCUGCAAUGAGGGUGAACCGGGUCCUGUGAUAAAGGCACUUUUCGAUCUGCGACAGACUCAAGUCAUGUGUCUGUCGUGGCUGUGUCACACAUACCCAGGUUCAAAAUUGACUAAGUUAUGACAUCAUCAGGUACCAAUAGCUAUUGGAGAAGGCUUUGUGAACUUUUACCGAUUUCUAAUGCCAGUUGAGUACUGGUCAGAGGCUUGCAGUUGUACGUUAAACGUUGCCUGAUCUUGCACAAUUUUAACAUUGGCGAUGUUCGGCGUUCCCCUUCGGUAGGUCAAAGGUCACUGGUUCAUGCAUAUGUAGACUACUAUGUACGAAGCAGGUUAUGUCAGGAGUCUUGAUGUAAAUUAUAAAGUAUACAUUUACAUUAAUAAAACAGAUUAUAGUAAA